AUGGAGGAUCAUUACCGGAGGGUAUACGCAAAGCAUGGCGACAUCUCGCCCGAGGAAAAGGCUUACAAAUGGUUUGAGGUUGCAAAAUCGGGCGGCUACGUGGGAUUUGACGAUAUGCUGCCACGCUUCCUAAAAUUGGAAUCCGUCACUAUUAAGCCAACCGCCAAGAAUCCUCACAACUCCCGUGUAGUCUACAGCUUCACAGUGCCAAUGGAACUAUGCAACAUGAUGGGCUCUAUGCACGGCGGCGCCGUUGCGCUGGUCUUCGACAUCUGCACCACGACCGCCAUCUCGGCAAUCGCCUACGACGGGUUCUGGGACACAGGCCACGUCAGUCGCAAUCUGAGCUGCACGUAUCUGCGGCCGGCGCCCCUGGGCACGAAGGUGUAUGUGAUCAGCGAGGUGGUGUCUCUGGGGAGACGCCAGGGUCUGGUGAAAGGCGAGAUCAGGUUGGAGACCGAGGAUGGCAAGGUAGCGUACACGUGCAACCACGACAAGGCUGCGGUGGGAGCUUCCAGUCUGUAG